AUGCGACGCGGGGCGCUCCACGACAGCACUAGAGCCGUCCGUCAGCCCGGCCCGCCGUGGGGCCGCCACAGCCCGCGCGGACCAGGCUUUUCUCAGGCAUCAGGAAUGUCUUCUGAGCCCACUUCAUCUGCCUCGCAGCAGUCUCCCACCUCUCCACCCUCAACCGGUUCUCUCCAUCUGCCUGAAACCCGCAGGGCAAGAGACCGCUCCCCAUCGCCCAUGAGAGGGUACCUCAUUCCCAGCCCGCUGCCCACCCGACGGACCAGAACCUUCUCAGCAACCGUGAGAGCAUCGGAGGGUCCUAUCUACAAAGGUGUCUGUAAAUGCUUCUGUCGCUCCAAAGGCCAUGGAUUUAUUACCCCUGCAGAUGGAGGGCCUGACAUCUUUGUACACAUCUCUGACAUCGAAGGCGAGUAUGUUCCCGUGGCGGGCGAUGAGGUCACCUAUAAGAUGUGCACCAUCCCCCCGAAGAACGAGAAGCUGCAGGCAGUGGAGGUGGUGAUCACCCACUUGGCUCCUGGAACCAAGCACGAGACCUGGUCGGGGCACGUCGUCAGCUCCUGAGGUGCCCCAGAGGGAGCACAGUCACUGCUCAUCACCUGGCUGCAGUGGACCUGUGCUAAGAAUACCUUGUGUGUUGUGCAGGGGGAAAUACUGCCUUGUCAAUAAAGCAGAAGCAGGCCAGAAUUAGUGGUGUUACAGCUGAAAAACAAAACAAAAGGCAAUUCAAAUGCUAAUGAAAACAAAAUUUAGAGCAAUGUGUUUACAAAACUGUAUUUUAAUGAGAGCUGGUGUGUGCUUGGUGGAGGAGGGGAAGCUUGGGGUUUCUCUUUUAUCAUCUCGUGAGCUGGUGCCAGGAAAUGCCCAGGGGACUCGAGGAGAGGUUUGGAGGAGAGCUUUGGCCACGGCAGAGGCACCACUCUGAGGCCCUAGAGGUGUGUGAGCACUGUUCCUUUGAGCUGCUCCUCUGUAAGGCUUCGAGUACACUUCCUGCUGGGACAGUGCCUGCACACCUUGGCUUGGGCGAGGGAGAGGUGUUCACUGCUGCCACGCUUUGCCUUACGGAAGGAAGCUCACAGAAGAGCAGCUACAGCAGGGUGGGAAUUUUCCAUCUGGUGGUUACACUCCCAUGGCCCCGGCUGGGUGCCCUUCAGGUGCUCCCUUUGCAUGCCUACAUCUGAGUGGAAUAUUGUGGUUUUAAAGCCUGGAUUGUUUGUGAAUCGAUUUAGGUGCCUUGAUGGUUGAUUAGCAACGGAUUUUAUAGGCCAGUGUUAAAAAAAAAAAAAAAAAACUACAAAAAGAAUCAACCCAAAAUUUGAAAAUUUCGCUUCAAGAUAAGUGGUAGAAAACUGUAAAGUAGUGGGUGCUUCACAGCCUCUGUGUCUGUAUUUAGACAAAGCUGAAGAUUACCUUCUUGAUGGCAUAUAGUUGAAUGUCUGCCACAGCAUUGCUCUGGACAGGCAGAGUAACUGUACCUCUGGAAAGCAAGCUGUAUGCUGUUCAGUAUCACAGUGUAUGCUGUUCAGAUGCAAGUGUGUAAACUGCUGUGCGAGUUCCUGAACAGGCUCAGCUGCAUGUCUGGAUGAAGCAGAUUCUGCAGCUGCUCCAUGGAGCAGCUCAGUAGGAUGUGAUAUGGUCACCCUCGCCCUGACUCUUCUCUGCCUGCAAGAUUUCAAGUAGUUGUAAUGCAACUUAUGUCUGUCCCUGUUUGCCUUCCACAUCUUUUAUUUUCCAAAUGAAGCAUUUUUCUCUGUUAUGUUCCUAACAGUGGAUUUUUAUUGACUUUGCAAAUAAAGAAAUAGAAAAGAUGGC